GGAAGAGGAGAUCGAGGAGGAGGGGGGAGAUUAUUUCCACCGUCCCCCUCAUACUCCUGCCUUUUGCUCCUCUUCCUCAUCAUCGUCAUCCUCCCGCUCUCCGGUUUCGGGCGUCCAGCAACAUGCACGACCAGCUUCAGGACGAUGCGCUCCUGAACUCGAAGAGGAAGCACACUCAGAGGCUCCUGAAGUGGAAGCUCCGCGGCAAGGAAAAGCCGAUCUGGGAGUUCUACGAGAUGGUGUCGACGCUGGGGUCCGGCGCCUUCGGCACUGUGCAGAAGUGGCGCCUGAAGCAGGUGGCACACGACGAUGACCCUCACGUCGCUGUGAAGCACAUCAGGUGGAGCGACAUCUCCGGCGGCAUCUUCCGGAGCCGAGAGGCCGAGAAGGUUGUGCGGAACGAGCUGAAGAUGUUGCUCGUGCUCGACCACCCGUUCAUUGUCAAGUUCCGCGAGUGGUUCGAGCACCCCUGCCUGGGGAUCUUCUUCGUCAUGGAGCUCUGCACGGGCAGGCCGCUGCAGGGGAUCCUCGAGGACGUGUGCAACGGCGAGUCCCUGCAGGAGCGCCUCACGCACACCGCCCGGCUCCGGCGCUACUUCCGCGAGACAGUGUACGCCGUGAGCUACAUCCACAGCUUCAAGCCGCCGGUCGUGCACCGGGAUCUGAAGCCGGAGAACGUGCUGCUGGCGGACGAGGCCGCCAGCAGUUGCGUCAAGAUCAUCGACUUCGGGCUCGCCGUCGGAAACGCCAACGAUGGCGAGCACAGCCGCGGCAUGUGGCGGCAGGGAACGCCAGCGUUCAUGGCGCCCGAGACCUUCGUUUCCAGAGAGGGGCAGUUCACGCCAGAGAUGGACGUCUGGGCGCUGGGGAUCAUUUUCGCCUGGACCGUUACGACCCUGCAACGGGGCAAACUGCUGCACCCGAUGCUGCCGGAGGAGGGCGGCGAAGGCUACGAGGUUGGCCAGAGAGAACUCCUCUACGCGUAUUUGGAAGAGAGGAAAUGGAAUCGGCAGCUGUUUGAAGGCCAGCCUUCGUCCGCCUUCGACCUGGCGGACAAGAUCUUGGUGCACGCCAGCUCCGAUCGCCCAAAGGCAGCGCUGAUCCUCCGCGCGGAAUGGGUUCGCUCGGGUGACCCCGCGGCCGCGGCAUCCGCCCAGGUCUUGAGGAACGCGAAUUUCAAGAAAAACCUCGAGACGUACGCAGAGUUGACGCCCCUCGAGAAGACGAUCUUGCACGUAGUGGCCGAGAAGGCCUCCGACAGCGACGUGAAGACUCUCAGGCGCACCUUCCGGGCGAUGGAUACAAAUGGAGACGGACGCUUGUGUCGGGCGGAGAUCACGGAGGGGUUCCGGAUCAACGACGUGGAGCUGCAGCCGCAGACUUUAGAGGCAUUGUUUGCCGAGUUGGAUGAUGACAAGAGCGAUGACAUCACCUAUCACGAGUGGCUCGCGGCCACGAUGUGCCGGAGGGUGUUGCAAACGCCCACGGCGGUGGGUUCGGCCUUCAGUGCCUUGGACACCUCGGGGAACGGCGUGCUCACCCAGGAGGAUUUGGAGGUUGCCAUCGGCCAGGAAGAGGCGGAGGAAGUCUUGAAGACCAUGUCCACGGCAGUCUUCGAGGGCAAUCCAGCCUUGAGCUUCGAAGACUUCAAGAGCAUCGUGGAGGAAAUGGCAGGCAAGCGCCACGGUUUCAUGAGGACGUGCAACAGCAUGAUUGGACCCACGGUAUCUCACAGUCCGACGAUGGAGCCAGCCCUUCCCCAUAAUAGGCGUGCAACUAUUUGCUAAUGUCAAUCACACCGUUGGCAGGUGGAUGUGUUUUUUUCUCCCGCGCGGUAUAAGACAUCCUUGUACAUAGUCCACGCCAUCGCCAAACGUCCACGCGGCGAGAGCAAGCAACCCCCCCCACCCUCGCAAGCCCCGCGAGGAAGUUGGAAAAAAGAGCCCAAACCAUGGGGCGCUCUGCGACGUGUGCGCGAACGCCUCCCCCGCUUCCCCAACGAGAAGCGGCGGCAGGCGGCCGGGCCCUAAGUCAGCGCCACCACUCCGGCGGGGUCGGGAAAUCGCCUCCUCGGACCCGCUCGCGACGCUCUUGGGGCCUUGACGGGCCCUUCUUGGGACCCUGUGCUGCGCGAACUCGGAGCAAUCUUGAGGCAUCGAAGCC